AGCGCCUUGUACUACGCGCUCGUUCUCGGAGCCCUGGCCUACACAGCGUCCACCAUCGUCUACCACAAGGGCUAUCUCGAGUACGAGCCGCACAUCGUGGGCGGGCUGUCUCUGCACCUGACGCGCCAGCACCACGCCAGCGAGGCCGGCCACCCUCCGGACCUGAUCGAUACGCGCCUCCUGACCUACUGCCGCCAAAGUUCCGACUCUGCGCACGACGCCAAGCCCUGUCUGAUUUGGGACGACGAUGACAUACUCGUCCAGCGAGGCACGCACGCAGCCCUGAUCACGACCCGCGUGCAGCGCUACCUCGAGAAGCGAGUGUGUGGGCCAACCGAAGUGUCGUGUGGAGCGAUCUGGGAGGAGGUGUCGCACGAUGACUACUUCAUCGCCGAUACCGAGAACUUUGAGCUGGGAGUGUACCACAGCAUGCAGGCGCCGCACUUCUUCGAGGAGUCCGGCCACUCGCACGCCUUCGCCGAAGGCAACCUGCACAUGAAGGGGAGACGCCAAGGCGGUGCUGAAGAAUUCCCCGAGGGCGAAUGCGAUCACUUCAAACUCACGGAGCUCCUCGCCGCGGCUGACGUCACCCUCAACGACCUCAGCGAUGCGCCCGGACAGGAGAGAAAGCCGCUCCGAGCGAGCGGGCUCAUCCUGCACGCCGACCUCGCGUACAACAACAUCCGUUGCGAUGGUAAGCUCAAGUGCGCGUUCGGACAGGGCGACAUCAGCUACCGCUACCGCAUCUACCGCGUCCCUGAAUCCAAUUCGGAAAUGGUAGAGGUGAAGAAGCUCAAUGACACCCAUCGAGUGCGAAGCGUGAAGCAGGGCAUCCAGGUGCUCAUCGUCAACCUGUGCUCGGGGCUGGGCAUGAUGGCCAUCGCCACCGUCGUAGUCGAUGCCAUCGCGAUCUACGUGCUGCCCAAGAAGACGACCUACUUCAGCCACAACGGCAAGGAGAAGACCUCCACGGGCGAGACGACGAAGCGGAAGAGCAAGAAGCCAUCAGAGGCGGCCGUCGACUCCAAGCCUGUAGGCGAGGAGCAGGAAGGAGAAGGUGAGGGGAAAGGCCAGCUGCGGCAGAGGAAGGCCAAGACCGCCCGCCACGCCGACGAGUGA